CCACUGAGCUGCUUUAAGGAUUUAAGAGGGGGGAUUGUCCUACUUUCCGCACUUCCAAAUCUAUUUGUUUGGUGGACCCGGAAUAGAAUUUAGAGCAUCCUCAAAUGGCAACAAAAAUUGACAAGGAAGCGUGCAGAGAAGCUUACAAUCUGGUGAGAGAUGAUACCAAUGAAACGAGCUGGGUAACAUUUAUAUAUGAUGGCCAUACAAUAGUCCCAGGAGAACAGGGUGCAACCUAUGAAGAAUUUGUCGAUACUUGCAAAGAUGAUAUCAGGCUGUAUGCCUACAUCCGAUUCAUAACUGGGGAUGCCAUGAGCAAAAGAACCAAGUUUGUCCUAAUCACCUGGAUUGGUGAAAAUGUCGGUGGCCUCCAGAGAGCCAAAAUUGGUACAGACAAGACCCUGGUGAAAGAUGUAGCGCAGAGCUUUGCCAAAGAGUUUGUGAUCACAGACCAUAAAGAACUAGAGGAAGAAUACAUUAGAAAUGAGUUGAAGAAAGCAGGCGGAGCCAAUUAUGAUGCCCAGAAUGAGUAAAGCAAUGCCUCCGUGGUGCCACCUGCCAGUUUCCAGUCCAGAAGCCAACAACGUGAAUUGCAGAAUACUUGAGAGAAAAGCAAAGCAAAAAAAAAGACUGGUUAUUCCUUUUGCAAAUGCCCCUAACCCUGCUAUCCAGACCUCCUGGGAAAACUGGAUGUACUUAGUCAUUCCAUGUCACAUUAUCUCUGAUAAUGAAACACUGACUGACUUGCACCAAACAGAUUUCUGCAUGGGCAUGCUCCCACUGGCUAGAAUCUGCACUCCCCUUGCCUGUGAUGUCACUGGAAGUUACUGUGCCCCUCGCCCAUAUAUUUUUGGGAACACUAUAUCCCCAGAAAGAUGCUGAUCUUUAGCACAAACAGAAUUUGAAAUUUCACAUCUUAUUUAGGGUUUCACUUGGUCACCUACAUUUCUGAGCCCUCCAUCCCUCAAAAGAUAUGAGCUCUAUAUAAUUAAGCCUAUGUUAAUUACACAGAUAAAUUCACUGUUAUCUAUUAACGUUACCCAAAGAAUGUUAGAUGUGAAAUAUUCUUGCACUUAUACUUAACCAGAUGCAGUUUUUAAGCAUAUCUUCAGAUUUCCCCUUAACUUUUAAUGGGGUUUUCCUGAGAUUAUCUUAACAUGAGUUUAUAUCUUUAAACUGAAUCUGAUUAAUAUAAGAACACUUGGAUAGAUAUUUGGAAGUUCCUUUCAUAGUUUUGUAAAGAGGAGUUGGAAGUCCAACCCACCACUGUCAAAUCUAUAACUACUAGUAUCCCAUGGGAUCCUUCAUUUAGCUGAGAAAGCUGAGAGUUGUAGUUUCACAGCAGGUGGAAGGACAGAGUUUGGAUUUCUGUUUUCUAUAAAGAUCCUGUAGUAUUAUUGCCUCCCGUAACUGUGGAUAUGAACACUGUACAAAGGACAUAAAUAUGUGUAGGGGAUCAGAAAUGGUUCUAGAUUUAAUUUUACAUUCCAUAUUAAAACCAUAUUUUGUACUUUAGCCAAGGUUUACACCCAAGCGCAGUGGGAACUGCCUUGUUUUCUAUGUUUUAUUUUUUUUUUUAUUGAAACAUCAAAGCUCAGAAAUGACUUGAAAAUGGUUUUACAGUGUAUUGCUUAUCAUAUGUGUAAUGCGUUUUAUAGGGGACAGUUGUGCUGAAAUACAGGCUUUCAUAUGGAACAGUAAUUGUUAGUGUUUACAUUUGUGUGCAUAAAAAAAUCAGAGGCUGAAUAUAAAAAAUAUAUAGCGUUUUCAGUUCAAGAGACUUGCAGCAUCUUAAAAAAAAAAUCACAUAUAGUGGGACAUGGGCAAGGCUCAGUCACCACUUUAAUCGAUAUAUACAGUACAUCUGUAAACACAACAUGUUGUUUCAUAAGUGAUCUACAUGUAGUUUAGCCUUACUGUGCCUUUAAACAGUUUUAUUUUGCUUUACACUCAUCAUCACAUUAUAGGAAUAUUCGCGGAUCUGGGCAGUGCUGAAAGUGCCUGCAGUCUGUUGCAUGUGAGUUUGGCUACUUUGCUUUAAAACCAGCACAACAUACAGUUCUACAUCCUUGCCAUGAAGCUGCCAACUACACAGGGGUUACCUCUGUCAGCAAUGUAACAUUUUGGGCUGCUGCUUAAACAUGGAAAGCACCCGCUGCUGUAAUGUGUUUUUAUUUCUGUGGUAACAGUGGUGCUGCUGUGCAGUAACCCAAAGGCCUAUAAAUCUGGCUUCAGGAGCUGGGCCACUUGUAUUGCAACAGAACAAGGAAAUACCGUUAACUGGAAUGAGAAGUGUGGGACAGCAUCAAUGCUAAGACUGAACAA